UUUGGCAGAGCUAAAGCGUGCAACUUAUUUUUGGCAACAAAACUCUUCUAUGUGCUGCAAAUAAUUCAUUGUUCCAGGGUUUACAUACAGCAGUUUCACCGAAUAUUUGCAACCUUUAUUUGGUCAUCAUCUUAUGAGCCAAUGAGGCGUGACAAUAUUUUCAGACCGGUUAGUGCAGGCGGUCUUGGCCUGGUUCACCUUUAUGUUAGACAAUUAGUGUCUCGUUUCGUCUUUUUUCGCGACUGUUCUCAUCCAUUACUUCGGGCAUUCUUGCAAGUUAAUCUCGUCAACGUUUUACCAAAUUUAGUAAUUUCGACAAAUUUUGCUUCACAUCCAUAUUUGCAGGGAUUCAUGCGUGAAGUGUGUCUCUCAGUGCGUUUUCUUGCAGUGAGGUUCUCAAAUGAGUACUUAUUCUCUAUCUCAAGGAAAAAUCUGUAUAAAGAUCUAAUUGAUAUGCUUUUUAAACCUCCGUUAUACCGAUCGCUGUACAUCGGCUUACCUGGAGAUGACGUCCUUACACGGGUCUGUAAAAUGCCUAUUCCUCCUCACACUAAAACAUUCUUCUUCAAAGUGCACACUGAAACGUUACCUGUUAAAACCUGGUUAAAUCGGAAAGGAAUCUUUGUAUCUUCGAUAAACUGUCGUCUCUGUAAUGUACCGGAAACCAUAGAACACUGUUUUAUUGAUUGCAAGGAUGCCAUAUUGUUUUGGGACGUUCUCCAAAGGACUUUAAAAAAGGAUUUUGAUAUAAAUGCUUAUACAAUACGAUAUCUGAUACAACCUCAAUGUGACGAUGUGCCUUUUGAUAUGCUCCUGCUUAUGGCGUUGCACAGUUUAUGGAAAACUCGCAUGCUAGAUCGGAAUGCAGAACCAAUUGUAUCUUCGAAGUCACAUUUCAUUCGGAUGAUUUCACAGCUGAAAGACUUUUAUGAUCAGAGAGACUCCCAACCAGACUGGUAUCCGUUGUUGUUGAAGUGUAUCCUUUUGCCUCCCUUUUAGAGAACUCUUACCGUAAUAAUUGUACUGUGAAGUGUUUGUUUUGUGCUUGUAGACGCGGCUGACUGUUUUGGCCGCUAUGGAAAUAUCUUACGUAUUCGUAAUAAAU